AAAAAAAAAAACACGCGCGCGCAUCUCUUGUUUACCUCCGCCACUACUCGUCCCACCUCGAGCACCACACCGCACACACCAGGCUCUAGCCCUGUCACCCCUGUCUUGGGUCUGGCAAUCGAAGUCAUCAUCGGGCUUUUUAGAAGGGUGCUUGCCGGUGCAAGCGAGUUCGCCGUUGCUAUCCCCGCGCCGCCGCCGCCGCCGGCACAGUCGACAACAUGUUUUACUCAGACACUCUCGUCAACCAGACGGGGCCAUUGGCCCGCGUCUGGCUGGCUGCCAACAUGGAGCGCAAGCUCUCCAAGGGCCACAUUCUGAACUCCAACCUCAGCAAAAGCGUCGAGGACAUCAUAAGACCUCUCGACAACGCGCCGCUCGCCCUCCGCUUCAGCAGUCAGCUAUUGCUUGGCGUCGUCAGAAUCUACAGCCGCAAAGCGCGCUACCUGCUGGACGACUGCAAUGAAGCACUGAUCAAAAUCAAGAUGACCUUUCGAUCAACGGGAAAUAAUGAUCUCCCUGUCGGCCAACAUGUGCCGAACCGCGAGGCACUGAUGAUUCCUGAUCGAAUCACACCACUCGACAACCUUGAUCUCCUGCCAGCUCCAAACCUAGACGACUUCACAUCAUCACAAGUCGGCCGCAGGGGACGCGUUAGCCACCGCGACAUCAACCUGCAGGAGGACUUCAACAAUAGCCAAUUUUUGCAAGACGAUGAGCCCGAGGAUGAGCUCCAGCUCACCGUCGUUGAAAUGGAGGACCUUGAUCUGGAGCUGGACUUUGGCAUGGACCUUGACCUCCCUGUCGGCGAUAAGAGCAUUGAAAUGGGUCGUGACGCGCCCGCUGCGAGGAGCGUGGAGGACGACCUGGUCAGCGAGCUGGCUGCACCGUCCAAGGAGCCCGAACGCGAGCUUUCUCUUGACCUCGAGUUUGGCGACGAGCGGGUUCGUAUCGCCGAUACCGAAGGCGACGUGCCAAUGUUCGACGACGACUUCGAGUUCAACCUGGGCGACCAGUCGGCUAUGCCCCAGGGCCACAUGGGCGCGGUGCCCCCCGAGCGGGCCCGCAUCUCUGAGUCGCCGCUGUCCGACAUCGACCCCGAAUUUGCCAACGAGAUCGAGAUGGAAUACACGCGCACCAUGAACGAGGACAUGUACGAGCCUGGCAACGACACGGAGCAGACGGUGGUCGCAAAGGCACCGCAGAGGGCCAAGAAGCGACGUCUGCUCGUUGCCGAUUCCGAGACUAUGCUCACCAGCAACCACAUCCGUGAGCAGCAAGCGCACCACGAAAACAUCCUGAAGCCACAAUCUUUUGUUCCUCGCGAACCCUACCUCCUCGCCCUCAUCGAAAUGCAGAAGAAUGGCGGCUUCGUCACAAACGUGAUGAUGGACGCGCGCAGCGACUUCUGGGCGCCCGAGCUGAAGGGUCUGCUGUCUCUGGCGGCGAUCCGCCCAGUGAACGACCUGAAACGCAAGAGGGAUAGCGGGAUCGCCGAUAUCGGUAGCGAGGACGAACAGGGCGAGCCCAAGUCUCCUCGCCUCGAAAUUGGCGGAGAACUCGAAUCUUUCGCCCUUGGAGCCGACGAUACUGGAAUCCAGUCCGCUGGUGGUGAUGGAACCGUUCUUGAAAUACCUGCAGACGAGGGCUACGAUGCCAAUGACGAUACCAUCAGGCCCGCCUCGCGUGAAGGAGGCAGCCCGAUGCCCGCAUUUGACGACACGGUCGCACCAAUCGUUCACCCGGCCGACGGUGGUCCCAUCUCCAUCGGAACGAGGCACGCCGUCCAUAUCCUGCGCGACCUGUUUGGCCCCGAAGCCGCCACGGACGAGGAGAAGCGGAAGACAACGUCGGUCGUUUUCCAGGAGCUCCUUCCUGAGAGCCGGACUACCAAGGCGGAUGCGACCAAAAUGUUCUUCGAGUGCCUUGUUCUUGCCACCAAGGAUGCGAUCAAGGUCGAGCAGCCAGAGGGCCAGCUCGGCGGCCCGCUCCGGGUGCGUGGCAAGCGGGGUCUCUGGGGCGCAUGGGCUGAGCGGGAGGCCGGAGGCGAGCUGGCCGAGGAGGAGGAGGAUGAGGAGGCGGCGGUACCCCAGUCAGCCCCACAGCCGGCUGUGAGCAGUGCCUCGAUGGUGUCUGUCGAGGCAUGACGGCAGCAUCCUACAAUUGUAUAACCUUCCGUUUCUAUUUCUCAACACUCUUGCUACAGCAUCGAGUUUCCUUCCUUUGUACAUAGUGGAUCGGCAUGGAGGAGGAAGCUCUUGGGGUGAGGCUAGGGUUUGGUGUUGGCUGUUUUUCUACUUUUGGAUGGUUGCUUUUUUGUGUCACGCGACCAAGUGGCGUUUGGCGUCUGGAAUCAUUUUUAAUCUAGGGGGAUACCACUUGUCACUCGGAAAAAAGGGGCAAAUUCGUGAUUCGGCUUUUACAAAGAAUAUGUUGUGUUCACAGUUCCUCCUACAGCCCUGCGUCCAGAAGGCGUUCCAUUCCGGUUAUCAGCUAGGAACACGGCGUGUCAUGGAAACCACGCUCUCACAGAGACCCAUGAGACCAGUCGCGGGUUUCUUUUUAUAAUACGUCAAUAUGGAAAUGACGGAGGGAGACAUUCUAGCUAGCAAGCCCAUUACUAGGUAUUUUGGCACCUUCCAAGAUAAGUCUUUAGGAUAGGAUACACAAGAUCAAAUCCAGGUGGGCGUUUAUGUAGAAUAUAAUCAUGCAACGACGCGUCGUUUUAUAUGGA